AUGCGGUCAUUGUACUUUAACGCACUCAAGAUCAUAAUCAAAACUUUCACUGGUAUUUUCGAUGCAUCAGAUACAGAUUCUAUGGAAAGUGAAUGUACAUGUAUAUCUACCAGUUCAGGAUGGAAAAGAGCACUUGAUCAGCAAAUGAACCUCGAAGACAGAGGAAGUCCAGCAAGGUUACAAAUGAGUGGUCUUUACUUGAUUGUAAUUUUAACGAUCGUUUCCUCCUGUUGCGCCGGGGAAUUAGGAUUUGGCGAUCAUGGAUUAAGUUUGGGGGAAAUUGACGUGGGUCACGGCGAAGAAGAAAUUGGUCUAGGUUUAGGUGAAUUAGGUUUGGUCAACAUAUCAAUAUUAUUCUAUCAAUUAAACAUAGAAAUUCACAUCACAUUUGGUUUAAUUGCAAUAGGAAUACCAGUCCCUAAGAAGGUUCCUUUGCUGAUACCUCACCUGCAGGUUCAACAUAUUCCACAGAGUUAUCCAGUUCCAGUGUUCGUACAAAAACCUGUUCCAUAUCCGGUGGAGAAGCAAAUAUUUUCGAAGGUGGAGAAGAAAGUACCCACGCCCGUCGAAAAAAUCAUUCCAGUGAAAAUUGAGAAGCCCGUUCCAUUCACUAUAGUGAAGCAUAUUCCUGUUCCAGUGGCGAAGCCUAUUCCAAUUAAGAUUCCAAUUUACAAAACAGUAGUGCACAGCUCCAAGAGCCAUUAAGCCUGUGAAAUUGGCGUUGUUGAUUGUUCUUGUUUUAAUCGUUGCGGCAGAAGUGCGUCGUUGAAAUUACAGUUUCUACGUGUUUUAUAUUUAUAUUGUUUUGUUAUACAUCGUACUUAAUAGUUUCGUGCGUUAAAAUUAUUUAUUAAUAAAUGUAAUUAUAUUAAUUACAAAUGCAUCGUCCACACUUAUUUUCACCUGUUAAACAGUAAAGCUAGUUCUCGUUUUUUAAAUUAUUUAUUCCAUUGUUCAACUUAUUUUAUUAGCUAAGCUAUUUUAUUUUACUCUUCAAUGUUGUCAAUUAAAUUGUAUAAGAAUCAUAUUGAAUCGUCUAGGCUGUUCUUUUCGUCCAUAAGAACAGAUGCAGAAAGAUUUACGUGGUAUUACGUUAACGGAAUGUUACAAUUAUUGGUCUGCGUUUCACAAUGGAGAUGGAAGGCACGGAGGAGAAAGGAGAAUGUGGUACGAUCGAGGCAUUCGUAGCGAAAGCCAUCAUAAUAAUCGUCUUCCUCUGUCAUUGACCUUCGUAAAUUCGACUGCGGCGGCACAGAAAGAAUUCGCAAAAAGAAAAUGUACGAAAUUCUUAGAUGUCAGAUGAUAAAGUUUUGCCGAAAAAUGAGAAAGGAAAUUCGAAGAAGACUUUCACUCUUCUUUUCUUUUUUUCUUACAGUCCCUCGAACGCGCAAUAACGCGAAGUCGACAUUAAGAGGAAGAUCAUAACUCAUAAUGAUCUAACCGUCGGAAUACUUGUAACGAACGAGCGCAUCGUCCCUCUAUCUGACAAAGGUGCAUUAGCAUAGUAACGUGGUCACGAUAAAAAGAGCUGAAAAAGAAUGUUGGAAGAAAAACCGCGAUGCGGAAGAAAACUAAGGCGAAAGUAAAGCAUAAAAUGAUCUACCGUUCUGUUGAUCUUGGCAAUCAGGAGAUUGUAAAAGAAGGGAGAACAGCUGCUAAAAUACAUCGUGUAGGUAUGAGAAACUGUACUGUAGGAGAUUAUUGACCUCCUCUGUAGAAACUCGUUAAUAUACCCUGGCUGACAUUUCCAUUUUUACGAAUAAUCAAGUUGGAUUUUAUUUGUACGAUGCAACAGAAGAGGCGGAGGAAUGACGUAAAAGGAUUAUUCAGAAGAAAGUUUAAUAUCCGGGAAAGAAAAAAGAAUUCGUUAAUAAUUCCUCGAUGUCGAGACAAUUUGAAGAUUAAAAUUUUAUAUUUAUAUAUAUACUUAUACUUUGCCGCUCUUUAUACAUCUAAGCACGAUGCUACUUUAUUAUGAUUCUCAUUACUCGAUUGAAACAAUCGAUUAAAUUAGCCUGAAAAAAUAUUCGGAAACGGUAGACUUAAUUAGCCGCGUAGAAGUAUAGAAAAAAGUGCAGGACUUCCUCUCACGAUUCCUUUCGCGUACACCUCUCUCAACCAUCACUUCCGGUAGUCGAUAACGAGCAUAAUUCAUUGUAGCUAUUUGACGUUAGAAACAAGAUCAAAAGGAACAGUGAAAGAAAUGGUUGCUACAAGAAAAAGUUCCUCGGUAAAAGUAAAAUGUGUUCUAUGCGUAACGGUUUUUAAGAAGCAUAGAUACGCUUAUAUUGUAUAUCAAACGUUCUACUGUCCUUCAAAUUUCUAAUCAAAGAGAAAUCGCUGUUUUGUCUUAUGUAACGAACGUCGAUCGCGUCUGUUAAACGAACGCUUUUUGGUUGGAACAACCAAUCUUAAAUCAAAAGGAGAAACAUUGACAAUGUUACUCGCUUGCGAUCUGGGGAGUGAUCGAAUAUACCUUGAGCUAUAUACUCGUCAGUACGUACUCCAGCGUACUUUCCAUGUAAGAGAAACAGAAAAAUAUGAGAAAGGGUUGAACGCACAAGCUUUCCUCCUCAAGUACACCUGCUGAGCAGACUAAACGACUCUUCGACUUUUAAUAGAUAAAUUAGAACAAAAACGGGUAGAAAUGCUACUUUCGCUUCUUCGAAGAGGUUGAGUCUUCUUGAAUCGUGUUUGAACUUUGAACGCCGUUAGAUUUCUAUGGCGAACCUCGUUUCUGCGUACAUAGGAUCUGUUCAAGCAAUCGACAGCGUAGGUUCGACAUUUAAUGUGACAUGCAUCGCGUGCCACACUCAUUAAUGAGAUUGCGCUCCGCUUAAAACAGCAUCCGUGUUCGUGAUAAAUAAACAAAUAAAUCAAACCGUUAAAAGGCUAGUCAUAUAGCUUUCGCUUUCGAGAAGAUUUUACCCCGACGUAAUUAAUUUCGCCGAACAAAUUUAAUAAGACGAGAAGCAAAUUGUAACUUCCGAGUUUAAUGCGAACGCUGUCUCUAUAUUUGGGACGACGGAAAUUUGCACAGAGGAAGCAGUAUACGCUCGUAAAUCCAACCGAAAUCCGAGACAAACUUUCCACCGUGAAAUGACAGCACAUUGGUACACUAUCUCUCAUAUAGAGAUAUCAUCGUAUUAUAUAUGGCACGCAUUCGCAUUAAAUUCACAACGUGAUUGCAAUUAUCUCUUAAUCUCUCUUAUCUCUAAGAAUCUGGGAUUAAUAUACGUGUUUAAUAUGUCGAACGAUGAGAACGAUGAGAGAUUUACGAUUACAACGAAAAGCGAAUUAAAAAUGUUUUGGCAUUUCUCUUGGGCGUAGCGAGAAGUACAAAACGAAGAGGGCAACAGAUACACUUUCUGCUCCCGUCUCUUAAUCUGCCUAUCUCAACUCUGUGAUAAAACAGAAAUUUACUUUUACAGGAACAAAGAUCGGCGUGUCCGAUCGGUUUUUUCACCAAGAUUCCUUUCACAUAGCGAACGUGUUUGGACUUUCAUUUUGUCGGUCCGAAAACUUUGAUCUGCUUCGAGUGCCUUUGCACAAGAGAUCGUUCCUCACCUUCACUUCCGGUAUAUUUCAGAAUGGUCGAUUGACAUUAAAAAAGAAAUCGAAUUUUGAACAACAUGACACAGGCUAGAUCGCUCCGAGAAAAUGAGUUUAAUUUAUGCCUAUAAAUAUUUAACGAGCUUCAUCGCGACAACCGUUUCAAAUAUUUCAUCUUAAAUACAUAAUGAACCGUUCUCUCCACGUUGCUCAUCGAGCCCAUUCGAAUCAUCUCUGGAAAUUUUCUUGAUCGCACCAGGCAUUCGCUUCCGGUAAACGUAGCGACCGUCUUGCGGUUGCAUCGGGAGUCGGGUUUGAUUUUCCGCUUCACCGAUCGUUGCGCCGCAAGUCAUCAGAUACGAUUUUUCUACACGCAGGUGCUUAAUUUUCGUGUUUCUAAUGCUGAUUCUAUUCGAAUUGUAACUGUUAAUAAAUAUAACGUGCCAAGUUCGUUAAUCUUCGAGUCAGAAUUAUGAUAUUUUGUUUCAUCGUUGACAGUUAUAACGUAUAAAUAUUUGCUUGUAAGAAAACUACCGACACGCUUUUUUCAUUCAAGCGCAAUAUUAUCCAUUAAAAAGAAAGCGUAAUGCCAACGAUGGGAUACUUUUACGCUGUGUACUUCCCGCGUCCGUAAAUACACGUAAUCUUAACUUCCGGCCAGUCAUAGACGGAGAACGGUCAAUGAGCCGCGUGAAAAAUAAAACAAGAAUCUUUCAUACUCAUUGGUGGUGUAUAGAGUUGCGAAGGUUGGUCGAUGGUAAGAUGUAGUUUGAUAUAUCCUGGAAAGGGUCGGAACUGUAGUGCAUGAAAUCAGUGAAAGGUGGUGGAAUCGAUGUUAGUAUAUAAGCUCGGUAUUCCAUUGCCGUAGACACUCAACGUUUUGUGCUUUAACGAUAAACACCUUUUCGGGAAACCUACAACUAUGAAUCAAAUUGUAAGAUUUAUACGACAAUUGCAUAAAAACUUGAAAGAUGAUAGAUGAAUUAUGUAAUAGUAAUUUGCUCAAAUUGAUCGAAAAUGUAAAUGUAUGGCCGACCGAAAAAUUAAGCCU